AUGCCGCCGGCAGUCGUGCCUGUGGAAGACGGCAGCGACGGCGCCGUGGAGGAGGCGGUGCACUACAGCUGCCAUGUCUCGUGGCUGGCGUGGUGGAACCACGUCCGGUGCCUUCUCGCCUCCACGUUCCUCCCGUGCCCGCCGGCGCCGGGCGCCGCGUCCGCCAUCGUCCGUGGCACGCUCUUCCUACCAUCAACCGGCGACCGCCGCGUCCGCCUCUUCCUCCAGGAGCACGGUCUGCCCGCCGCGGAAUCCGAGCACUUGCUGGUGCUCGAUCUGCCCGCUGGCCUCGGCGGCGCGGACAUCGCCGCGGCGGGCAGGAUCGUGCUCGAGUACCAGCGCCAGUGGGCGCCCAACUCCGGCGCUCUCCUCAACUCGCCCAAGUGGCUGGUGUACUGCAAUGGCCGGCGCGUGGGGUUCGCGGCGAGGCGGGAGAAGCCGUCGGACGCGGAGGGGUGGGUGCUGGAGAAGCUGUGGGCCGUGACCGCCGGCGCCGGGCGGCUGCCCGGCGGCGGCGUGGAGUACCUGCGCGGGAGGUUCGAGAGGAUCGUCGGGUCGUCGGACGCGGAGUCAUUCCACCUCGUGGAGCCGAUCGGAUGGCAGGGAGUAAACGGCGGCGACGGCGGCCUUAGCAUCUUCUUCCAUCGGAUUUGAUCAUCGACAUUAUGUUUCAUGGCAGCAUCAGCCUUUCUUGUGUCAGCGACUGGUACUGCGUGUAUAUAACUCCCAAGUCCCAAUCCAAAAAAGAG